AGGCUGAACAUCUGGGGGGCGUGCAGAGCCCUUUCCAUACGGACCCGGGCUGCUGCCCAAUUGCCGCAGCCCGGAUCAAUAGCGUUUUCCAGGACAAUGGGCGACUUGCCGACAUCACGGUUGCCCGAAAGCAACCUCCCGCCCCCGCCGCCGCCAUCCAUGCCUCCCCAGAGCGAGCCCGUCACGUCUUCCAGUCCGGAAAACGAAUUCGCUUUGAGCCAGCUGAAGAUGGUUGAAUACGGCCUUAACCCUUUCGAUCCAUCGGUAGAAGGCCACAAAUAUGGAUUACCGGAACUGCCACUGCCGCCACAGAAAACCACAAAACGUCGCUACGACGACAUCGUCACGCAGGUUACAAAGCUCCUAAUGAGGGACGGGAAACUGGCCAAGGCUCAGAGGGAUAUGGCGAUGAUACUCAACUACCUGCGGACAUCGCCUCCCCCGAAGCUGGACCCCUCAAAGCCGCUCCUUCCCGAGACCCCGCCAGCGUCUCAUCUGCCCCUAGAUCCCGUCCUCUAUCUCAGCCUUGCCAUCGACUCUGUCGCGCCGCUGAUCAAGAUGCGAGGUUUCAGGGGAUUGGCCGGCAGCGGAAAGUCACUAGACGUGCCCACACCCUUGAGAAAGCGGCAAAGGAGGAGGAUAGCGUUUAAGUGGAUUCUGGACGUCGUGGAAAAGAAAAAGUCCAAGGGGAGCGGUCGGGCCAUGUUCCCGCACCGCGUGGCGGAGGAGAUUGUGGCCGUGAUGGAGGGCCGGUCCCCAGUCUGGGAUAAGCGCUCGCUGAUCCACAAGCUGGGUACGGCUAACCGCGCCAACUUGAAUCACAAUGCUAUCAAGGGCAUGAUUUGAGCGGCCUGGAAGCUGUUGUAGGGUAGGGGAUGCUUAAAUGGGAGUCGUGGUCGGGCCUCGGGACCUUUCAGAGAUUGAGGUUCUCUAGGUUUGGCUAAGGUCAAUUGAUACCGCCUGUAUGUACAUUAUGUAUGGAUAUAUGUCUUUCAUCCCGAGUCGUGACGGUGAUUUGGCAUACAGACGACCGC